AUGGAGGUCCAGAUGACUCACUGUGUUCGCCAUUCGUGGUCAUAUCUGCUCUUCAUUCUGCCGGUGUCCGAGGUUCUUCCCCCAAACAACAUGGCGCUGAAGCACGUGUCUGUUCUGCUGCUGCUGGUUCUGGUGUGUCUGGACCUAAGCACGGCCAAAGAGAAAGGCAACAAGAAGGGCAAGAAGAAAGGGAAGCAGGUGUACUGUCCUUCGUAA